AUGAAAAGUCAGUACAUGCUGUGCGAGUUGAAGAUAAGGCGGGUCAAAGCGAUACAAGGAAGGAAAAGAGAGAAGAGAAAAGGGAUAAAACUGGUAAUAAUAUUUGUAACAAUUGUGGUUAUCGACAUAGGAGAGGUCGUUGCCCAGCAUAUGGUAAGAACUGCAAUAGAUGCAAAAAGUUAUAUGUGUAAAGCAAAAGAGGUAAACUUUAUUGAUAAAAUUGAUGAAGAACAAGAUCAACAUUUCUUCAUUGGAACAGUUAAUUCUGAUGAAGCGAAGCAGGACGACUGCAUGGUGUGUAAAUUUGAAAGUAAAGAUGUCAAUGCCGGGUCUGUGUAG